GCUUUUUGGGAUUGGCAACACUGUUUUCAUUGUUUCUUCCAUUCUUUCAAUUUCUUUCUCUUCCGGCUGUCAACUGAAGGCAAGAUGCGUUCCGUCACGCUAAAAGAUGUUGAACAAGAUAAGGUUGUCAAGUUCAUCGCUGCCCAUUUAAAGAAGACGGGCAAGAUCAAGGUACCAGAACACAUGGACUUGGUGAAGACCGCCCGCUUCAAGGAGUUGGCUCCUUACGAUCCUGACUGGUUCUAUGUGAGAUGUGCGGCAGUCAUGCGUCAUAUCUACAUCCGGUCUCCAGUUGGAGUUAAGACUGUCACCAAGAUCUUUGGUGGCCGCAAACGUAAUGGAGUCACACCCUCGCACUUCUGCAGAUCUUCUGGAAGCAUUGCUCGCAAAGCGCUGCAAGCCUUGGAAGCCCUUAAGUUGGUGGAGAAAGUCCCUGAUGGUGGCCGUAUUCUCACUGUACAGGGCAGGCGCGAUUUGGACAGACUUGCAGCUCAAGCCCGCUUAAAGGCCAAACAACAGGCCAAGCAGAGUGUGAUUGUCCUGUAAUUAACUAAUAAAAAAGCUUUAAAAACUAA